AUGGGGACCACCGAGGCCACACUGCGGAUGGAAAACGUGGAUGUGAAGGAGGAAUGGCAGGACGAGGACCUUCCCAGGCCGCUCCCGGAAGAGACAGGAAUGGAACUGUUGGGCAGCCCGAUAGAAGACGCAUCCUCUCCUCCCAGCACCCUGAAUGUGCUCGGAGCCCAUCGCAAGAGGAAGACGCUGGUGGCUCCCGAGAUCAACAUCUCCCUGGACCAGAGUGAGGGCUCCCUGCUGUCUGAUGACUUCCUGGACACUCCUGAUGACCUAGACAUCAAUGUGGACGACAUUGAGACACCCGACGAGACUGACUCGCUGGAGUUCUUGGGGAACGGCAAUGAGUUAGAGUGGGAAGAUGACACCCCUGUGGCCAGCGCCAAGAACAUGCCUGGGGACAGUGCAGAUCUGUUUGGGGACGGUGCGGCGGAGGAGGGCAGUGCGGCCAAUGGGCGCCUGUGGCGAACGGUAAUCAUUGGGGAACAAGAACACCGGAUCGACCUGCACAUGAUCCGACCUUACAUGAAGGUGCUCACCCAUGGAGGGUACUAUGGCGAAGGUCUCAAUGCCAUCAUUGUCUUCGCUGCCUGCUUCCUCCCAGACAGCAGCUCCCCAGACUAUCACUACAUCAUGGAGAACCUCUUCUUGUAUGUCAUCAGCAGCCUGGAGCUGCUGGUGGCAGAGGAUUACAUGAUCGUGUACCUGAACGGCGCCACCCCCCGGCGGAGGAUGCCCGGCAUUGGCUGGCUGAAAAAGUGUUACCAGAUGAUUGACAGGAGACUGAGGAAGAACUUGAAGUCUCUGAUGAUCGUCCACCCCUCCUGGUUCAUCCGGACCGUGUUGGCCAUCUCUCGGCCCUUCAUCAGCGUCAAGUUCAUCAGUAAGAUCCAGUAUGUGCAGAGUCUGGAGGAGCUGGAGCACCUCAUCCCCAUGGAGCACGUGCAGAUCCCGGACUGCGUGCUGCAGUAUGAAGAGGAGCGCCUGCGAGCCAGGAGGGAAAGCAUGAGGCCCCAACCUGAAUUCAUGCUGCCCAGGUCUGAGGAGAAGCCGGAGGCAGCGCUGGAGGAAGAUGGGUCCACUGAGGCAACAGAAGACCAGGAAACAAGCAUGUCCUGAGACGACAGGCCUCUGGAGAAGGACAGGAAAGAAGAUUCCAGACGUGGAGGAACCUGUCAGAUGCCCUCUGGUCCCAGGUCCCCUCCUGCCUCCUCCUGAGCGCAUCCUUCUGGGGCGCCAGCCUCCACCACCCGCCUCCAAAGCCCAGUGUUCUUUUACUUGCUUGAGAACAUUUUACUUAAAAAAAAAAAAAGUGCAGUAUUAGCAUGUUCGAGAAAGGACUAGGUUCUCAGCCCUCCAUCCUUCCACACUCACAAGCCGAGAAAGGUUCCAGAUUCUUCUCUCACCUGCUACUGACGUAACCCGAAGUGGAGCCACUGAUGCCCACUGGCACUGGCUGGCCCUGGGGUUUUUUCCCGUGCCUUCCAUUCCACAACUCAACCCCCACGGUGUAGCCUGCUGUCCUGGACACACCCACUGUGCCACACCUCUGGGGGACCCCCACCCCGCCUCUGACCUCAUACCCCAAGU